UCAUUGAGGAGAGAUGUGUGUGUGUGGAGGGGGGGCGUGAGUUGAGCCCCCUCCCAAACUGAAGGGUGAUGUAGGGGGCUCCGUGUGCGCGCAGCGUGAGCGCGCGUCCUGGGCUUGCUGCGCGUCUUCCUCCCCGGAUCCCCAUCGGUCCAGCUGGUCCGGUCUACGGGAUCAUGGACGGACUCCGGUUGCCCCCCCUCAUCGAGGAGGUUCUGGAUCCAUCUGAUGAACUGCAGGACGACACGCUCAUCAUGGGGGUUAGAGAUCCGAGCUGCCAACACACAGAGGAUGAGGGCCACGUGAAGAAGAGGCAGCACGAAAAGGAGGCGGAGGGGAAAGGGGCAGCGCUAAAGAGUAAGGAGGAGCUAAAGGAGCUAAGGGCUCAGCUGGUGCAGCUGCUCCUGCGGCUGGAGGAGACCCAGGAGGUUUCCCAGAAGCAUGAGCAGGGCUGUGAAGAGCUGCAGGGUCUGCUGGAGGACGAGCGGCUGGCGAGCGCCCACCAGGCGGAGAGCUUCACCAGACACAUCCAGACGCUGCAAGUGCAGUUCCGCUCAGCUCAGGAUGAGGUGAACCGCCUGCAGGAGGAGAGGGAAGGAGAGCUAAAGGAGGUCCAGCAGGAGCUGCGUUUGGCCCAAGAGGAGGUGCUGGUGCUCCAGCAGGCGGCCGAGGAGGCAGCAGCAGACAGUGAGAGCGACAUAGCCUACCUGCAGGAGGAGCUGUGCCGUCUGAAGGCGGAGCUUCAGGCUCUGCACGCCACGGUGGCCAAGUACGAGCUGGAGAUCAACUCCUUGAGGGCAGAGCUGAACACGGAGACCCUGAACCCCUGCUCAAAAGUAGAGGCGGCUCGGCUGCAGGAGGAGGUGUGGUCUCUGACCUGCGAGCGUCAGACUCUGAGUGGCGAUAACAGGCAUCUGAGCAACAGGGUGGAGCGUCUGCAGCAGCAGGGAGAUGUGUGUGAUGAGGUCUACCUGGCAAUCAAAGAGAAGCUCACUACUGAACCGCACCCCCACAGGAAGGCAGAUCCUUGCGCCCCCCCCUCCCAGGCUGGACCAGAACAGCUGGACUCUGCAGCUGUCCAAGGGGACAACAGCCGGUCUGAGAUUAGCUCCCUGAAAGUCCAGCUGAGGUGGGCUGAGGAGACGGCGCAGAAGGUCCAAAAGGAGUGUGACACCGUGAAGACGGAGCUGGUGGAGCUGCAGGUGCUGUACGACAGCAGUCAGCGGGAACGGACCUCGCUGGCGCUUGAGUUGCAGCGCUGCAAGGCGGAGCUGCAGAAGCUGCUACUAAGGAGCCCACAGGACUGCACCCCCCAGUCAGAGCCCCCUCUUCUCUCCACCCCCAUCAUUGGGCUGAUUGUAAUAGUGGCCUUAAUUUGGUGCUGGUGGGAGGAGCUGUCGUCCUAAAGACCACAGCAGAGUGACUCGGGGAUCCGGAACCCAGCGGUGGUGACCCAGGCUUGGGUAUUAGUGCUGGUGGUCCCGAGCUUUAGCAAGACCUAAAGACAUGAAGGAAGUGAGCUCAGAGAAGCUUCGAAGCCACUAUCAUCUUCACAUGUCAUCUGAGCUGAAGUUUAUGGAUGUUUGGGUUGGAAGUCUCUGGCGUUCAUUUCAUGACCAAACACCAAAGUCCUCCACACACCAGGAAAUGAGAGAAGCUCAUGUCAUGUUCUUGUAGACCCAAAUGCAGAGACAGACAUGUUUGAUGUUUACCAAGAAUCCAAAACUACAACAAACAAGGAUGUGGACAGUCCACGCUUGCUGGUUCUAGUAUCAGAGAAAUAACCAAAGCGUUCUGUGUCAGAAGACAGGGAGGUACCUUCCAGAUGACUGUCUACUCAGCUGGAAAUAGUGGACCUCCAGAACCUCCUUGUGGACCUUCCUCAGUUCUGCAAACGUCUGCUGUCUUUGUGUUUUGAAACAGAGUCCAACAUCUGGAGCGGCUCCAGAGUCACAUCAGGUGUCUACAACUUCUUAUUCAACACCAGUCUUUAGGCACCACCCCCCAUCUCAAUCCUUUCCGUGUCUCACCAUGACACGGCGUGUCUCACCAUGACUCGGGGUGUCUCACCAUGACACGGGGUGUCUCACCAUGACACGGGGUGUCUCACCAUGACUCGGGGUGUCUCACCAUGACUCGGCGUGUCUCACCAUGACUCAGGGUGUCUCACCAUGACACGGGGUGUCUCACCAUGACUCGGGGUGUCUCACCAUGACACGGGGUGUCUCACCAUGACUCGCCGUGUCUCACCAUGACUCAGGGUGUCUCACCAUGACUCAGGGUGUCUCACCAUGACACGGCGUUUCUCACCAUGACUCGGCGUUUCUCACCAUGACUCGGGGUGUCUCACCAUGACUCGGGGUGUCUCCCCAUGACUCGGGGUGUCUCACCAUGACUCGGGGUGUCUCACCAUGACUCGGGGUGUCUCACCAUGACACGGCGUGUCUCACCAUGACUCGGCGUGUCUCACCAUGACUCGGGGUGUCUCACCAUGACUCGGGGUGUCUCACCAUGACACGGCGUGUCUUACCAUGACUCGGCGUGUCUCACCAUGACUCGGGGUGUCUCACCAUGACUCGGGGUGUCUCACCAUGACACGGCGUGUCUCACCAUGACUCGGCGUGUCUCACCAUGACACGGCGUUUCUCACCAUGACUCGGCUGUCUGAACUGGACUAGUCAUGUGUUGUGAGGUCCUGGGCCUCCUAAAGACUCCAUUCUGAUUAUGAAGAACAUCUAUAAAGACAAUUAAGAUGAAUCUGCA